UUUUCUGAUAGAAUGGAGCCUUGGGUGCAAGCUACACAUGCUCAGUUUGGUGUGUAUUGCCAGAGAGGUUUUUUUUUUUUGUUUGUGUUUUUGGGAGGGUGAAUGUGAUCAGCUCAGGGCCAAUCAGCGCUGUCCAGACAGAGGUCAGGGGUUCUGCAUUCUCCUAGAGCACAGUGAAAACUCCUCCUACAAGCUUUAACCAGUGCUGGGCUGGACAAUGAUAGAAGUCACAAGACUGCUCUAACUUCUGAUGAGAAAAGGUAUUUAGCAGUUUAUAUUUACUGAAAUAAUUGCAUUUCCAUGUUCCGUGUACUGUGGGAGACCAGAUAUAGUGAAUGCAGGGUCCUGG